AUGCAUGUAAAAUCAUUUCCACUAACUGGAAAUGCGUUACCCAAUAAUCCGGAAAGAAAUUUAAUUCCACAGUCACAAGAUCCUGCGGUUCAACAUUUACAGCUCUUUUUAAAGUUUUUGGAUACAUUAGAUCGUGUGAAGUACAAUAACAAUAAUAAUGGGAAUCAACCCAACGCUAAAUCAUUCAACAACAACAGGAGGUUUCACAACACACAAUAUUAUGGACAGUCACCAAGUGCACAACCAUUUGGACUUGUUCAAGUACCAUUAUAA